UUUUUAGGUCAGAAUUUCACAUACAAAUAUCGUGAAAGUGAUUUUAAAAGCUAUUUCUCGUGGGAAUUGUUGAUUUCGUUAGGCACUAAUGCAUCAUCUUUGCAAAUAAAAAUUUCCGGUAUUAUUAGAAUCAUAAAAGCUGAAGACUGAGACAAAUUGCAGUUAACAUUCGUUAAAUUUGUUCGAUACCUGGGCAAUAUUUUCUUUGUUUUGUAUUCACUGAUUACAUCGUCAAGCGACAAUCGACUGUAUCGGUAUCAUUGGAUUACUUACUAACCAUCUUCAAUGGCUAUCUAAUUAGGGUACAUGUGACUGUGUUUAGGUCAAGAUGUGCUUUCAGUUUUUUGAGCCAUAUUUUUUGUUUAUAAUUAAUGGCCUGUCACAACAACAGAGAUAAAUGGAUCUUAAUCCGAUCAUCCCCACGCAUUGAUUGGUAGUUGUUCUGGGUCAGGGGUUUUCUAAAAUAUACAUAACGAUGUAUCAGACUCCAUACUAAAAUAUUGCAAAAUCAUUUGUAUGUGCGCUGCAAUAGUCACGUGAAUUAGUCAAUAUUUAUAUGCAUUAAUAAUAUUUUAAAAUUCUAAAAUCGAUACUGUAAGUUGGUAAUUAAUGACACGGACAUGGUAAACUUUACGCAAUCGCGCUGAUAAGUGAUAAUAAAUUAAAUGUUAACGCAAUCGAAAUCAUUGACUAUAUAUUGAUCAAAAACAACUGUUUUCUUUUUAUUCUCAUCAAUGAGCUAUAUAGAAUCUUGCAAGUUUUUAUGUUUAACAAUCUUCGCAUUUCUCGAAACUAAACGGUGGAAAAUUGUAAGCGUUGCUAGUCAGAAAUCUGUGCAAUAGUGUAAGAACCAAAUACUGGGUACUACGAAGUUAAAAAAUUAGGUUUGACGACAUCAGGCCGCUACGAACUUGCUAAAAAUAUAAACCAGCGUGUACAAAAUGUUCCAAUAAUUUACAUACAUACACCAUGAAAAUCAUAGUCGCCGGUUUCCCGAAAACCAGAACAAAAUCAGUUAAUCUCGCUCUAAAGAUUCUUGGUUAUACGGUGUACGAUUAUAUCGAGAAUGUGACAAUUUUGAGAAACGAAUGGCUGAAAGUAUUCAGCGAAGGCUGGACUAAAGAAGAUUUCCUAAAUAUGUACAGAAAUGUAGACGCUGUAACAGAUACUCCAACAUGUUUCUUCUGGGAAGAAAUACUGGAGGCUUUUCCGGAUGCCAAGAUCAUUCUAAUGACAAGAGAUGAUGAGAGCUGGUAUAGAAGUGUUCAUAACCAAUUCGAAGUUAAUAAAUCGAACCUUUUACUAACGAUGAUGCGAUUUUUCUCCCCAACGUAUAUCAAGUCAAUGACUGCAGUUGAUUUGUACAUCUAUCCAAUCAUAUUUGGUAUUACAAAUCCAACACCAUGGAGAAUGCUGUUUGGAAGUCCAAGUUUGAACAGACUGAUUUCAAAAAAGAAAUUCAGAGAGCAUAAUGCUCAUGUAUUACAGAACGCACCGCUGGACCAAUUACUUGUUUACCAAUGUUCUCAAGGAUGGAAGUCACUGUGCAAAUUUCUUGGAGUUAGUAUACCUCAAACGGCAUUUCCUCAUGAAAACAAGAAAGGAAAAGGGAUACCGCAAUUAAUCGCGAAUGAUUCUAUGAUGGAACCCAUGAGAAGAGAAAUAAUGGUAUCGCUCACUUUAUUGUCGACAGCCACAAUUUUGGGUGGAUUGCUUCUGCUUACAAGAUUGACAGGUUCAUGAAUUUGAUAUAUCUCACAAGGAAUUAAAAAAUUGACUUGAAAGUUGAUAUGCUUCAGAUAUACGAGAGACACUUUUGUGCAAGGCUUCCUGCUGGUCAUGGCCAAAAGCUACGCCGAGAAAACCGUAUAAAUAAACAAACAAUAUGAAACAAGCUUACAAUUUUCCGACGGUUGCGACGAAUCUUGUGCUUUUGUGCCGUGAGGAAUCCGACCCUAAUUAGUCUGACUAGUUUACUUUUUAUUUUGUAUCAAUUUAAAUAAUCUUCAAAUUUUUAAUUUUGAAAGUUUUCAAGUUUUUGAAAUGUUUGAUUUUCUACACAAUGAUAUUACUGCUAUUUUCUGCUACCACUAUACUGCGACCUUUAUUAAUUUUUUUCAAGUGCGACUCGUUGUGAUAUAGAAUAUUUAUAUUUCAUUAAAUAAGCAUCUAGUUGCUGCGGUUUAACCCAUAGUUUUUAAUGUGCCAGGCGCGAUCAAAGCUGCUUUUCUAUUCCUUUUUAUACUUGAUGUCAUUUAUCCUGAUCCACAUCUGAUCUCACAGAAAUUACCCCCUUCUGAUAGCCAACGCUAGCAAUAAAAAAGCAGUUAGGUAAACAAGCAGAUGUGAUUGUCGAUAAUAAUAACGAUAACUCAUCGUUGUUCUCAAUAAAUCAAUUACCGAUUUGAAUCAUGACUGUUGGCUGUGGAAACCGAAUUCCUGUAUUAUAAUUGAUGUAUUCGCAAUUGAAAGCCUUUUUAUUUGAAAGGCAAACAGAUUAUGAUAUUCCAUACUAAUUUGAAGUAGCUUAUUGUUGGAAAUAAAUACCAUUUCAUGAGCC